AUGGAGAUGGAGGAGAGGCAUACCAACCCUAAUUCUCAUAAGCGUCUCACACGAGAUCCACUUGUUUCCUGGUCCGAUCUUCCUCUAGAUCUCUUGACUUUGGUUUUCAAACGCCUCAGCUUUCCUGAUUUUCAACGAGCUAAAUCCGUAUGUUGGUCUUGGCUAUCCUCUUCGAGACAAUCCGUACCCAAAAAUAGUAUCCCUUGGCUGGUUCUCUUCCCCGAAGACAACAACAAAAGUAGUUCUUGCACGUUGUUCAAUCCCGAGGAAACAGACAAACUUUACAGAACGCAAGAUCUAGGUUUGGAAUUUGCAAAGAGGGUUUGUAUGGCUACCUAUGGAAGUUGGUUUCUUAUGCGAGAUCCACAUUACAAUCUCUCCAUUGUGAAUAUCUUUACCCACGAGAGGAUCAAUCUACCUCCUGUGGAGUUACAGACUGGAAUGAUAAAGAUAGAGCGAACUGUAGAUGAUGGAUUUCGCGUUACAAGUCCCAACGGAUUUGGACGCGUUUUCAAAUGUAUUAGCAUACGAUCCCCUGUGUUUUGGAUUGACGAGAAAACCAAAGAUUAUAUUGUUCUAUGGCGACUUUUAGCAUGUCGUGUCUUUUAUUCCAGGAAAGGACACACCUCCUGGAAGCAAAUCCCCGAAAGUUCAGAUUGUCGUGACAUGUUUUACAAGGAUCACAAGCUUUACUUGUUAACCUUUUCAUAUUUUUUCCAAAUCUUUGAUUUUUCUAGUGGAAUUCCACAACUUACCUUCAACUGUGGUGUUAUUGGAGAAGGAUUUCAUUUGACUCAAGGCGUCGUUGUUGCCACAAAACUUGUAGUCACAGUAGUAACAGGACAAGUCCUCAAGGUUGAAAAAAUCCAUAGAAUGAGCUCUACGACCUUGUCCUUCAGGGUUUUCAAGAUUGUUUCAUCAGGUUUACUCAAGAAACAAGAAGUAGUUAGUUCUAUCGGAGACGAGACGUUGCUUUUUGAUCAAGGCAUCACUGUGCUCGCCAAUGACGCUGAUGGAUUCAUCAGAAAUUCCAUCUAUUUCAGUUGUAGUAAUGGAAACACAAACGACAUCUUGCUCUUUAAUCUCAAGACACAGAAGACGGAGCCGCUGCCCAAAUUUGAUCGUUCUUCGGUUCAUUUCUCUAGAGCUCGAUGGUUCUUACCAAGUUUUACGCAAACAUGA